GGCUGACGUCACAGACCUCGGCUACCAAAUCGUGUCCGGUGGGGGUCGAUGUAAACCGGCUGAAGAAUGGGCUGUAAGAAAGAAGGGUAGGAUAGAAGCAAAGCAAAAAAAAAGCACUUUACGAGGAACGACAAUUCAACUGGACGUUCUGGGCCCAACGAGGCUAUACGUCCUACACCACAAGUAACCACAAGGGAUCGUGAUCGACUGGAUGACUACACCUCUUCAUCAUCAUACAGACUGGUAGUGGUUCCAGCGUUGAUCAGCUGUCUGCCUGGCAGCAGGAUGCCCAACGACUCGGUUGUCGGCGGGGAUGGUGUGUUCCGGGCCACUGGCCACUCAGAGGGAGUUCUCUCCCGGAUGGACCGGCUUCGCUCACAGCGGGCUCUCUGUGAUGUAACUCUCAUUGCAGACGGCCGGGAGAUCACGGCCCACCGUCUGCUGCUGUCUGCCGCGUCUCCCUACUUCGAGGCUAUGUUCACACAGGACCUCCUGGAGGCGCGAGCCACCUCCAUCGAACUCAAACAGGUGCACCCCGACGCACUGGAGAUGAUCGUCGACUUCUGCUAUACCGGCUGUCUGGAGCUGAACGAGCAGACUGUUGAGGUCCUGCUCACCACCGCCAGUCUGCUGCAGCUGACUCAGAUACAGACCGCCUGCUGUCAGUUCCUCGAGCGGCAGCUGCACCCGUCCAACUGUAUCGGGAUCGGACUGUUUGCUGACCGGCAGGGCUGUGCCGAGCUGUACCGCAGUGUGCAGCAGUACACCGCGGAUAACUUUGUGGACGUGAUAAGAAAUAACGAGUUUCUGGACCUUCCGCCGGACGAGGUCGCCACGCUUCUGGCCAUGGACGACCUGAACAUUCCUUCAGAAGAAGUCAUAUUCUAUGCGCUGAAUCUGUGGCUGAACCAUGACCUGAAGUCCCGCCGCUGUCACCUGACCCAACUAAUGCCGCUGGUCCGACUGCCGCUCCUCAGUCCGGAGUUUAUGGUGGACCGCAUCCAGAGCAGCCCGGUGUUCUCCUCGGACCGGACGUGCCUCUCGCUGAUGCUGGAGUCACAGAGCUUCCACCUGCUGCCGCGGCGACGACAGUCGCUCGAGUCGUCCCGUACUCGGCCCAGGAAGGCCACAGUUGGGACACUGUACGCCAUCGGGGGCAUGGAUAAGGAGAAAGGCUCCACCAUUAUCGAGUCGUACGACCUGCGCUCGGACCGAUGGCAGCAGUGCGGCUUCAUGACCAGCCGGCGGCUCCAGUUCGGCGUGGCCAUCAUCGAUGACCGACUGUACGUGGUCGGAGGCAGGGAGGGACUGAAGACUCUGAACACAGUGGAGUGCUACGACCCGGCCACCCGCUGCUGGAGCUGCCAGCCGCCCAUGAACAACCACCGGCACGGACUCGGCGUGGCGGUGCUGGGCGGCCCGCUGUACGCGGUCGGCGGCCACGACGGCUGGGGCUACCUGAACACGGUGGAGCGCUGGGACACGCAGACCAAACAGUGGAGCUACGUGGGCAACCUGCAGCACCAGCGCAGCACCUGCGGUGUGGCCGCGCUCAACGGCAGGCUGUACGUGGUGGGCGGCCGGGACGGCUCGGCCUGUCUCCGCUCCUGUGAGUCGUACGACCCGCACACCAAUCGGUGGUCGCCGCGCGCGCCCAUGCUCCAGCGCCGCGGCGGCGUCGGCGUCGGUGUGGUGAACGGCUGUCUGUACGCGCUGGGAGGGAGCGAUGCGCCAGCCACCAGUCCCAACAGCCUCAAAUUCAGCUGUGUCGAAAGGUACGACCCGCUGACAGACCAGUGGACCGAGGUGGCUCCCAUGUCGGUCGGCCGGGACGGUGUGGCCGCCUGCGCGCUGGGGCAGAGUCUGUUCGCAGUGGGCGGCUCGGACGGACAGCAGUACCUCAAAGUGGUGGAGAGCUACGACCCGCGGACCAACACCUGGAGCAAGACGGCGCCUCUGAGUAUCGCCCGCGCCGCCGCCUGCGUGGCCGUUGUCAAGCCGAGCGUUACACCCACCGUCACCGAACUGCUCGCCGAAAUGACCCCUGCCGGCGGUGACGAGGAGGAAGGCGAUCAUCUGUCGACUCGGAGCCAGAGCGAGGUGGGUGGCGUCGGCGAGCGAGUCGGGGAUACGAAGACGGCGCGGAAGGGGGGCUAUUCCAGUGAUUGAGACGGCUGGUGGGUGGGGUGGGUGCUGAGAACGACAGAGAGAAAAGGGCUAUCGCUACGUCACAAAGAGGGCGCUAGCUCAGUUAGAUGAAGCAAGUCGCCUUCCAGAAGGUCAAUGGUGCGUAUGUGUAUUGUGUACUCUCUACGGCUGGCCCAUAGCUGCACCGACUCGCUAUAGUGGAUAUAUUCUCGACACGACCCGGCGUAUCCCAGCUCAACAUUGAACCGACUGAUAUCGAGAGCUAGCUGCAGAAGCUGACCAGCGAGCGCCUGACUCGACGCGCGGCGUUUAUAGAUAUCGUCCGGUGGGCACUGGGUGCUUUAGAACCGGAAGAAGACACGCGUGUUUCUUGCUAUAGUGAUAUUGCGGCACUGUACUAGUCUAAACGAGCGGCGCUGGUGGAUGAACGCACAUUAGACAGUAUGAUAGAGCUUAUAGUGUAAGGUUAAGAUAUCGACUUCUACUAGGCCAUAGGGAUAAAUUUAGGAAGCUGUCGUGGCAUUGCCACAUUUCCUGUGGAAAUCUGGCUUCAUACCACGGAGUUGCACUGGGAGCUAGUACCCGAGCCGAGUGGAGUUGGCGAACUCUCCGAGUGCGUACGUACCAGAAGGAUCUCAGAGCGGAGUUCAGGAUACCAAAGGCGCUGAUCAGCUGGAGUGACCAGCGGUAGAGCUUGUGUGGAUCUGUGAGUGGGUGGGACCGCACAAUGGAGGGAGUCUCACUCUAGCUAGCCAAAUCUGAGUCACAUUAUCACAUGUCGGCGCUGAUUCGUUCAGA